CGCGCCGCCGCGAGCCGCCGCAGGGAGAUGCGAGCGGGCAGCGCCGGCCUCGCCACCGCCCGCAGCCAGCGCCUGCUCUCCCCCGGGCCCGGCAGCAAUGGAAACUUCCUCCAGCUCCUCCUCCUCCUGCAGAGAAAGUGAAACCGGGGCGGAAAGGUUUCAGGGAGAGACAAAGCUCUUUGUGCUUGCCGCAGAAACCAGCUGGCCCCUGGAGCCUGAGCGCACAAGCUUGCUAAGCUGCUGCUUUCCAGCCAUUAUGGAGGAAGAGUUCCAGUUUCUGCUCUGUGAGGGAUGCCAGAAAGAAUCUAAAAACCCCAAGCUCCUUUCGUGCCUUCACACCUUAUGCACUGACUGUCUGCAAGAGAACAAGCCCAUUGGCCAAUGCCCCAUCUGCGAGGCUCCUAUCUCGCAAGCCAGAGGGAUUCCAGAACAGGACAACCUGCUGUACACCAGCUUGCAGUGGAAGCUGAACAUCUAUAAGAAGAUUGUCACAGGCAUUGACUUGGUCUGUGACUGCUGCCAAGAAGAAGCACAGUUCAGGUGUUCUGAGUGCCAGGAGUUUUUCUGCAGUAAGUGCUUUGAGAAUCAUCAGUGGUUCUUCAAGAAGAACAGCCAUGAGAUCCAGAAGGUGAGCGAGGUGAGGGUAGGAUCUGCUGCACAGUUCCUGGAAGAAGAGAGACGGUCCAGCAACCUCUACUGUUCCAGUCUCACCCAUAGGAAUCAAAGCCAAAUUACAAGCAUCUACUGCCAAGGUUGCAACAGACCUCUUUGCUGCUCCUGUGCACUUCUGGAUAAUGAACACACAAAGCUUUACUGUGAUAUCGAGAAGGAGAUCCAGCGGAGGCAGGAAGAGUUGAUGAGCAUGAGUGAAGAGCUGAAGCAAAAGAAGAACUGCUAUGAAAGUGCCUACAACAGUCUCCAGAGCAAAGCCGACCAAAUGGACCAGGUGUGGAAGGAAACCCAGGAGCUGAUCCUUGAGAAGGUAGAGGAGAUGGUCAAGCUGAUCCGUGAUAAGGGGGAGGAGCUGUUGAAGAGGGCAGAGAAGCAGCACCAUGAGGGGCACCAGGACCUGAAGGGGAAGGUGCAGCACAUGAAAGCCAUGCUCAUGAAGAUGGAGGCUGGCCAGCAGCUGGUGGAGAAGAUGCACCUCUAUGCAUCAGACCAGGAGGUGAUGGACAUGCACCCCUUCAUCAAGAAGUCCCUGGAGGAGCUACAGAAGCAGCCACCCCUGACAACAGCAAUCAAGAUCCAGGUUGGAGACUUCUCUGAAUGCAAAGCUGAACUCCAGGCCCUGGUUGAACAAGUGACGGGGAAACGAGAUGCUGCCUCCUGUGAUGCCCAGGCUGCUGUAGCUACAGAGAUGUCUGCUGCUCACAACACGGAAGAAGCAUUCAUCCAACCCAGGACGCAGGCAAUCCCAUUGCCUUUGUUCACCAUCACGCUCGGGGAGCCACAGACCGGAGUGGUCCCCUCCAUCACCUCACCAGGCAAGAGGAAAAUAAACCAGGUUGAAAAGGAUAGUCAGACCUCUUCUCCCAAGGUACUGAAGUUGGAGUCUGAGGACAAGUGGCUGGAGUCAAUGCCAAGGAAGCUUGACCAAGAUUUGCCAGAAAGGGACCCCACACCGGGGCCUAGCUCCUCAACCCUAAAGAGAAACUGCAGAGAAAGAAGCACAACAAAAAUAGAUGGCUUCCCCAGUUCCUCGGAACAUGCAUACUCAGAGCCAGGAGAUCAAGAAGCAGCCAGCAUCAUCAUAAGCAGCUCUGAAGACACUGAUGACGACACAGUGGACACCUCUGACUAUAACAGCCUUGUUACUCAUACCGCCUGGUCAUUGGAGAAUAAAAAGAGCCCAUAAUCACCAACAGACAAGCAUCUCCUGUUGAACGAACAUAACACUUCUGCUGCGUCAGCAGACUCAGUAGCUUCCUGUCAAGAAACUGAUAAAACAUCUGAGUUAAAGUUGUUACAUCUACAGCAGGGGCAGGCAGUUAUUUUGGCUGGAGGGCCACUUACCAAGUUUUGACAAGCUGUCAAGGGCCACAUGGGUAACUCCGCCCCUUGACAGGGGCCCCGCCCCUGCUGCCAUCUUGUAACUGGCAGUCCCACCCCCUAACGCCUAACCUUUGCCACCAGGAGUCCGUCCCUUUGCCCCCGGAAGUACUGAUUUCAGCAAGGGGUUGUGCCAUCUUGGAACCAGAAAAAUACCAAGUUAUGUUCUAAAAAUUGAACAUCUAUGACAGUCAUUAAUUUGAUUUAAAAAUAUAUUUUUGUCCUGAUUUACAUGUAUUUGUAUAGUGCACAUAA